AGCUCAAAAAAAAAGAAAAAAGAAAAAAAAAAAAGAAAACUUAAAACAAAAGAAAACCCAGGAGAUUACCUGAAUUUUGAGUAGUGUUUUUGGUAGAGUGGGUAGUGGAACUCAGUGAUAUCAAGGAACGAUGUUCAGAGUUGUUCUACUCUUCGUGCUUGUUAUAUACAUGAGAAUCAAAGUUCAAUCUCAAGCUGAACCUCCUUUACCACCAGAUUCUGAACUUGACGCUCUUUCGGAAAUAUCAAAAGAACUGGGGAAAGAAGGUUGGAACUUCAGUGAGAAUCCAUGCAACAAGAUGUCAAGCUGGUUCACUCCAUCGUCACCACCAAAUGUGGCUGAUGCUCUCUCCAACAGUUCUGUCACCUGUAAUUGCUCCAUCCUUAACGGCAAAUGCCAUGUUGAUGCCAUAUAUCUUAGAGGCCAGGAUCUUGUUGGUCUGCUACCACGAUCAAUCACGAAGCUGCCUUAUCUGAAAACAAUUGAUCUCACUCGAAACUACCUUAAUGGUACAAUACCGCGUGAGUGGGCUUCUACUAACUUGGAAUAUGUGUCUGUGUCUGUAAAUCGCUUUUCAGGGCCAAUUCCAGACUACUUGGGAAAUAUUACCACUCUCAGAUAUUUAGAUCUUAGCUUCAACAGGCUAGAGGGAAAUAUUCCAAAUUUUGAAAGCCUGUUAAAGAUGGAUUACAUGUACCUGACAAGCAACUUGCUCACUGGGGAUAUUCCAGAAUGGAUGAAAAGAAGAGAGAGUCGCUACUAUAUAGAUAUUUCUUACAAUAAUCUUUCUGAGAGCUCGCAGCCACCUAGUUCAAAUACUCUAAAUUUGUUCCAAAGCUCGUCUGAAGGAAACAAAUUGGAAAAUGAUAACCGCCCGAUGAUGUCCUCUUGUUCUAAAGAUUAUUACUCGGUGCAUAUAAAUUGUGGUGGAGGAGCUGUUGUUGAUGGAGACAUCGUGUAUGAUGCGGAUCAAGAUCAAGGAGGUCCAGCAACAUAUCUUCGUGCAUGCGAAACUUGGGAAACUAGUAAUACGGGAUUUUUCUGGGAUACCAGCCCUUCUGCAUCAUCGUUUAUUGCCAAUGGUGUGUCUAUAGUCAGGGCAAACAACUCUGAAUUGUACACCGAUGCACGGCUGUCACCUCUUUCUCUGACGUAUUAUCUACGUUGCUUAGCAAAUGGAACCUACAGUGUCACACUUUACUUUGCAGAAAUAGUCAUCAGAGACAAUAGAUCCUUUUACAGUCUUGGAAGACGAAUUUUUGAUAUUUAUGUGCAGGAGAAACGUGAGUUUAAGAAUUUUAAUAUUGAAAAUGAGGCAAAAGGUGUUGAUAAGCCAGUCAUUAAGACAGCUAAAGCAGUUGUUAGCAAUAAAACGUUAACAAUCCGCUUUCAUUGGGCUGGAAAAGGGACAACUGCUGCACCAGCUAGAGGAACAUAUGGUCCUCUUAUAUCAGCUAUCUCUGUAGAAUCUGGGAAUUUAAUGGAGUUAGUUGAUCCAAGGCUGGGAACUGAGUUCAACAAGGAAGAGGCAAUCAGAAUGACCAACGUAGCUCUUUUGUGCACCAAUCCUUCACCAGCACUGAGGCCUAUCAUGUCUGCUGUAGUUAGCAUGCUUGAAGGUAAAACCCAUGUUCCGGAGCUGAUCCUGGAUCCAACCAUUUUCGGUGAUGGAUCAAGGCUCAGUGCCUUGAGAAACCAGUGCAAUCAAAUACUGCUCCAAAGCAAAAGUGGGAGUUGCUCCUUAAUUCAAUCAUCAGAUGCACAUGCAACGUGCAGCACCUCUUCAGGGUCUGCCUGAAAACCAGUUUAACUGGUACUAUCUUCCCCAGCAUAUUUUCCUUUGUGCAUAAAUGAAGAUGAGUUCUUAUCACCUAGUUGUAUGUUUACUGGAUCAUUGAUUUCAGCAGGUUGGCCUUUUAGCCAUAGAUCAUGCAGAAAACCUAUCUGAAGUCCUAGAUCUUGAUCUUGUAUUCACUACUGCAUUGUUUGAAUUGAAUCACCACUUUUA